UUGUCUUUUCUAUCACAGAGAAAGACCACGAAUAAUUAAUCCCGACAUUGUAACAAUACCGAAUUUGACCAUAACAGUGAUAACACGUCUGAGUGAAGGCUGGGGGCAUGACGUAGGCUUCGCGGAGCUUGGAAUUUUCUUACAUGGCCUUAAGGGUCUGCUGAGGUGCUGCGGCAACCAUGAGUUCCCCGAGUUCCCCAACCAAGGGUGCUGCCCAGCCUGCACCUCAGACAACCACUACCACAACCGCCGCCGCCGCCACCACCACCUCUACUGCCAAGACGGACAAAGAGAAAGCAAAGCAGGUGAAGAAGAAAGUACCGACCAAACCCCAAGGAGAGAAGUGGUCCUCAUCAAUCAAUGCUUUGCUGGCGGAUCCUGAGGGGGUGGAAGCCUUCAGGGACUUCCUGGUGGAACUGGAGAAUGAGAGUGGUGAAGCAGGUGAAUACACCAAGUAUAUAGAUUUCUACCUGGAGUGUGAAGAGUACAAGGCAAGAUUUAAGAAGCUGGAGGAUAAAGCCAAAGAGAUUUUUGAGGAUUACUUAGCGGAAGCUGCUCACCAGCUAGUUUUAUUGCAGGUCGGAGCAGACAAGGAAGUCGGGACAGGAGGGAAAAGUGUCGAAAUUGGUGACAAAUUGGAAGAUGAAGGUCUGGAAGGGGUGAACCUUUUUGACGAGCCACAGAAGAAAGUUAAACAAAAAUUGGCAGAUGGAGUGUACAUAAACUUCUGCUUAGAUAUCAAAAAGAAGCUGAAAUUGUAGUAUGAACAGAACCACUCACAUCAACAGAUGUAACAUUCAGUAACUUAUCAUUGACAUUAUGACACUAACUGAACUAUUUGAGUUGCUGCAAAGCCAUGCCACCAAAUUAAUUGAUUAUGUGUACUUUCUCAGUAAAAAAGUUAUCUUUGAAGCUUAAAGAAUAUAGCUGAAAAUUUAUUCAAUAUUACUUUGGAGAAAUUUUUUCACAUUUGCUAUCAUGAAAAGUAGUAAGGACUGGUUCCUCCUGACCAUACAAUUAGAAAAGGCAUUAUGAUAUCAGGGAUCAAGUCCUCAGCUUGUAUUGGUAAUGAAUGUGCUUCAAUUCACAACUGUCCACUUGUUUGCAUUUCAUAUCAGACCUGAUGGCCGAUGGUUAAGUAGCAGGAGCAAUGUGAUAAGUGUGGCCUUUUUGUCUUAUGGUGGAUUUUGUAUGAAUGAAAUCUUUUGACAAUUUUUAUUAUUUCAGUGCUUCAUCAUUUCUCAAUAUAGGUAAUUAAAUAGGCAUAUAUUUUCCAGAUAGGGUGUUGCCAUAUGUUAGAAUAAAGCUAAAUGAAACAAGAUUCUCCACUAUGUAACUUAGUUCUUUAAUUGUUUUAUUCAUGUAUAGUAUGAUAUAACUUAUAAAAUACUCCUUGUGAUUCCAUGAUUGAUAUAUUGAGCAGCACAAAGUUUUAGUUUGUGCAAGGAUCAAAUUUAGUUUGCUUCUGUGUUACACCCCAUAUUGGCUGCUGAAGAACAGGGGCUGAACACUUUCAGGUUCACCUUCACCUUCAAUGGAUGUUUGGUUUUUAAUGAAAGCUCAUCAAUACACUUGUCAGAUAUAAUAGUAAAUCAUGAUGUGAAUCUGUAGUGUGUGCUAAUAAUACAUCAUGAAUUGAAGACAAAGACUAUAGAUAUUAAGAACACUGACUUUUUCUGCAGUUGUGAAGUUUAGAGAUGCAUUUUGCCUUAUUUUUUUACAUGUGCAAACAUCUUCCCACCACAUCUGAUUAUUCAUGCAUUCUAAUUGUCAUCAAUUUAAAUACAUUCAAUGGCAUGUACCUGCCAUGUUUGACCUUUUUUUUAAUCAGUUAUGUACAGUAUGUGGUAAUUUAACCUUUAAGAAAAGUUCUCCGGUUGUCCAGAAAAGUACUCAUCUUUAGAAAAUAGUAAUGUGUGCUUGUUCCUAUCUUUGUGAUUUGGGAAGGUGUGUGUCCAUACUGAAAUAAUACAUUGCUAUCAUCACUGUGAUACACUUUUUGUACGUACUUAAGUAUAUCUGUACUUGGGAACAGUUUGUGACCAUGUAGCUUUCUCAUCAAUAAUAUUGCUCAUCAUUUAAAAUUUCAAGUGAUUGAAUAAAUUCAGGAAUAAAAAUACAAAUAUUAGUUGCAGAUACAUGAGUGCAUGCACUACAUAACCCCAAAGAAUCUUACAAGUAGCUUCAUGCUAUUUACUACACACACACAACAGCAAGUUGCUUGGAGGGUGUGCUAGAACACUCAACAUGCCAAUGACUGACUGAUAUUUCUGCACUUCUUCAGUCUACGAGACUACAUGUGCUGCUUUGUCUCUAAUUUAGCAUUUUGUUAAAAUGCUGUUCUUGUGUUUCGUGUUUCUUUGAAAGUUAGAAAAAAUUGUAUACCUGUCCACUAAUCCAAAUAUUGCAUUGUAAUGAACUCUUAACCAAAACUAAAUUUCUAAAUGCAGUGACAAUAGAUAAUUAUAACAACUGACUUUCUUGAAAAAAAAAAGCCUUAUUAGUAACCAAAACACAAAAUUAUCAACUAAACUUGCUCUAAAAUGGCUUAAUAUAUGACUUAAUCAUCAUGCAUUGUUUUAUAUAUAUAUAUAUAUAUAUAUAUAUAUAUAUAUAUAUAUAUAUAUAUAUAUAUAUAUAUAUAUAUAUAUAUAUAUAAUUGAGGGGGUCUUCUGUAAUGUUUCCAUGGCAUAUGUGCCAGCUUGUGGCAUUAACUGCUUGAAUUGGUAGAAACUAACAUGUGGUGGUGGUGGUGGUGUACGUGUGCCAGCAUGUGUGCAGUGUUGCCUAACCUUAACUUGGCUGAGGUUUCAACUAUUACUGGUGUGAACUUAAUGGCUUCAGAUGUAAACAUGUUUAUGUGCUGUUGUCAUGCAAUUUGGGGGCAUUGAAUAUUGGCUUUCCAUUAAAAGAACAUCAACAUGUUUAUUUAGUCAAAUUUCCAAUGAAUACUAAACACAGUAUUAUUUUUAAGUACAAUUCUUGUGUGGAUUUUCUGUUAAUGUACUUAUAAAAUUUACAAAUUUUUUGAGUUACAUAUUGUAAUGUAUUAGUUAUCUAAUAUAUAUUAGCCUUAUAAUAAAAGUAAAGAGAUGAAUGUGAAACACAAAUAUUUAUCAAAUAAUCUGAUGAUUGUUACAUGAAUAUUAUGAAACUACAUGUGUGCUUUGUUGAUACUAAUAAAAUUCUAUUCAUAAACUAAUAACUACUUAACAUUCUACAUUAUGAUUAACAUCCCAGAUACAAUAACAAAUACACAACAUAUGUUAGACUCACAAGUCACCUCACAGUAACCUAAUAUGUAGUUACAACUGAUACUUAUUUACACACCAAAUGUAACUGGUCACCAUGGUUACUGAAUGAACACAAUGCUCUGUAGAGUAACAACUGCUGGACAUUGGUUAGGUAAAUCAUGUUACUCUGCUGAGUGUUACCAGUGCCACUACAAUCCCUACAACCCAGCAAUACGAGACACCAACCCUCACAGUGGCCGGGCAGGAGGCUCAGCCAUGGCUCGUUCCAGGUGCCGCUGCUUCCUCUCAGCUCUCCGCAUCUCAGCCUCCUGUCGCUUUUCUUCCUUGAGGCGAGCUUGGCGGGACUGUUCGCAGUUC